GGACAAGCAACGCCACUCCACUCCCCCCGGCUCGAAACGCACACCGCGCGCGCAAGCCCACACACCACACACAGAGCCCUCGCGCCUCGUCGCGCGCGCGAUCAGGGCCGGCCGAGGAACGGAGCAGCGCGCCGCUGCACCGCAUCGCACCGCACUGCAGCAGCAGGUGAGCACGGCACGGUGCACGACGCCACUGGCGCGGCGCGUACGCACGGGCACGUGGUGGUACUUGGUACCUGCUCCGCGACAACUUGGAGCUCGAUAGAGCGGGCUGGCGCAUCGUAGGAUGGGGAGCGCGGGGGAGGAGGAGAGGGAGGCCCGGAGCGAGGCGGCGUUCACGGACUCCGCCUCCAUCGACGGGAGCAGCUCCAGCUCCGACGCAGCGUCCACCGACGAGUGGCUGCCCGCGGCGCCGGUGCCGGUGCCGGCGGCCAGGAAGCCGGGCGGCUGCGCCUCCGACACCGACGUGGCCAGGCAGCAGCACAAGCACAAGCGCAGAGCACCAUCAGAGAUGGAGAUGAUGAAGGAGCGGUUCGCGAAGCUGCUGCUCGGCGAGGACAUGUCGGGGAGCGGCAAGGGCGUCUGCACGGCGCUCGCCAUCUCCAACGCAAUCACCAACCUCUGCGCCACCAUCUUCGGGCAGCUCUGGAGGCUGGAACCGCUCCCGCCGGAGAAGAAGGCCAUGUGGCGGCGGGAGAUGGACUGGCUGCUCUGCAUCAGCGACCACAUCGUCGAGCUGGUCCCCACGUGGCAGUCGUUCCCCGACGGAACCAGGCUUGAGAUCAUGACAAGCAGGCCACGGUCUGAUCUGUACAUUAAUCUUCCAGCACUUCGGAAGCUGGAUCAUAUGCUUCUCGAAAUCCUGGAAAGCUUCAGAGACCCGGAAUUCUGGUAUGUUGAGCAAGGUAUCGCUGCACCAGACUGCGACGGCUCUGCCUCCUUCAGGGUGGCUUUCCACCGCCGUGAUGAGAAGUGGUGGCUCCCGGUGCCUCGUGUGCCUCCCGGUGGCCUUCACAACAAAACAAGGAAGCAGCUCCAGCACAAGCGUGAUUGUGCAAACCAAAUCCUGAAGGCUGCCAUGGCCAUCAACAGCAAUACUUUAGCAGAGAUGGAGGUCCCUGAACCUUAUCUUGACUCCCUACCAAAGAAUGGACGGUCAACCUUAGGUGAUAUCAUAUACCGCUACAUAACCUCUGAUCAGUUCUCCCCUGAGUGUCUUCUUGAUUGCCUGGACCUGUCCACGGAGUACCAGGCCCUGGAAGUCGCAAACCGUGUUGAGGCGUCAGUGUAUGUGUGGCGCCGGAGGGUUGCUGCCAAACCAGUAAAUGGAUUGGGCCGAAGCAGCAGUGCUAGAUCAUCGUGGGGCAUGGUAAAGGACAUGAUGGUAGACUCGGAGAAGAGAGAGCUGCUGCUAGCUGAACGAGCGGAGGGCCUGCUAAUAUGCUUGAAGCAAAGGUUUCCUGGGUUGACACAGACAAGCCUGGACAUGAGCAAAAUUCAGUACAACAAGGAUGUGGGCAAAUCAAUCCUCGAGAGCUAUUCGAGGGUGUUAGAAAGUUUGGCUUCAAACAUCGUCACCCGCAUCGACGAUCUGCUGAACAUCGACGAGCUGAACGGACACGCUGAACAUUUCGCAGCGACAGGUGACGCUGACUGCAAGAUUGCAGUCAGCCAGACUGCUGUUCCAUCCUUCCCAGUGCCAGCCUCUGGCACGCCAUUCAUGAUGGCAUAUACCACGCCGAGCUUCUCGCCGGCGCAAUUGGCAAGCCCGUCGAAGAAAGAGAAGACGUCGCUGACUCCAGGCAGACGUUCUCAGCACAGUAGGGGUGCUGGCACAAAGAAAGGCUUGAUGGAUCGUGUGGGUACAGAAAUCAAGGGUAUGAUGAUCAGCAACGGUAUGAUGAUCGAUGUCUCUACAACUACGGAGCUGUAAGCGUAAGAUGAUAGCUCAUCAGAUCGCCAAGAGUAGUCGUUGUGUAUAUGUGUCUGUCUGUCCAGUCUUUGUGUGAGCGUCCAGGUUUUUUACUGGCAUGUUGCAUUUCUGAUUUCUGUGCCUAGGCUUUUACUGGUAUGCUGCUUGCGGACAGCCUGAUGCUCUCUACGAGGAGUUUCAGUCUCUACGAGGUGUUGUUACAUAGAUGGGUGUUGUUACGUACUCUCUACGAGGAGUUUCAGUCUGGUCUGAAUUUGUUGAAUUUCUGUGAUUCAAAUCAACAAAGACCGAGGGUAUUUGAUGUAGUUGUUACAUACUCUCUACGAGGAGUUUCAGUCUCUACGAGGUGUUGUUACAUAGAUGGGUGUUGUUACGUACUCUCUACGAGGAGUUUCAGUCUGGUCUGAAUUUGUUGAAUUUCUGUGAUUCAAAUCAACAAAGACCGAGGGCAUUUGAUGUAGUUGUUACAUACUCUCUACGAGGAGUUUCAGUCUGGUCUGAAUCUGUAGAAUUUCUACUGUUGAAAUCAACAAAUACUGAGGAUAUUUGAUGUG